AAGAAGGUGUUAAAUGCAGCAGUUUGUGAUGUCAUACCUAUUAUCCUAUAUGACGUUUUAAAAAAACCGAGAGAGAAAAACCGUCGCGCUUUAAUUUAUGUACAAACAAGAAACUGAGCUGUGUUAGUUUGCUCCACACGUGAUUAAUUUGUCUUGUGCUGGCUUUAUCUUAUCAGGUGGGACAAGAUGGACCCUUCUAACCUGCCGGGGGCACUUGGGGCAGGGAUGGAGCUGCAGCACAUGCUGGCUGACCUUCAGAGCAAGUGCGAAACCUAUAAAUCAAAUUACGACCUUCUCAAGAUCGAACAUUCCAGUUUGCAGGAUGAGCUAUCGCAUAUUCAGGGGGAAUUGAAGCAUCUCCAAGGCCAGCAGGAGAAGCUCCAAUCUCAGCUGGCUGAGCGGUCGAGAGAAUUUAUGGAGAAGAAAAGGGAAGCAGAAGAGCUUCGGCUGCAGGUGAUGACUCCCAAGCGUCUGGAUUUGCUCAGGGCUCAAGUGCAGCAGGAUUUGGAGGCUCCAGUCAGAGAGCGUUACAACAAACUGGAAGAGGAGGCUGAGAAGUACAGGUCCGAGUUCAACAAGCUGCGCUACGCCUACACUGUGCUCAAUUCAGAGUUUGAACACCAGAAGGAGGAACACUUCAGUGUCGUGGAGGAGCAGAAGAUGCGCUACGAGGUGGAGAUUGCUCAUCUGAAGAAAGACAAGGAGAACUUGCUGACCCAGUACCGCGCGCUGGAUCCAUUGCAUGAACGAAAACAAGUGGAGGUCCUGCUCAAGGAGAAAGCGCAGCUCAGCAUGUGGCUGAAGGGCCUGCAGGCGGAGCUGGAAGAGUUGCAGGCCAAGAAGGACAGUUCGGACCAGCAGGUGGAGAACAUUCAGCUGUGCCAGAACAGACAGCUCACGGAAUCCCAGGCUGCCGUCAAGUCCCUGGAGUCGGAGCGCCAGCGCGCGUUCCUGCGACUGGAGCAGGCGGAGGGCGAGCUGCAGCUCAGCCAGGAGCAGAACAGCCAGCUGAACAUUCAGCUGCACAAAACGAAACGAGAAGUGAGCUCUCUCACGUGUCAGAUCGAAAGCCUGAAGCUCUCACACAAGACGGAGGUGGACAACGUCAAGCUGGAGUUGACCCGCUCGCGAGGCGAAGUGGAGAGGGAGUGCGACACCUUGCGGGGGCAGAACGAAAGUCUGAAAGCCGAGGUGUCGGUACUGAAGGAAAUGCUGGAGCGACACAACGACGUCCUGGUGGAGAAAGAGAUGGCGAUGGUGAGGAAGGUGAAGUCCGUCUACGACGAGGAAAUGUACAAGAUGAGUGUGUUGCUCGAGGAAAAGCUGGACUUGGAGCAACGUGUGGCGGAGUUUGAACGAGAGAAGGCCGUGCGGGAAAUGAACGCGCAAGCCCAGAAAGAGGAAUGGCAGGAAAAGGCUCGGGUGGCCCUUCAAGGGGAGGAGUCUGCCCGUAAAGAACUUCAAGGACUCAAAACCAAAUUGAAGCAGCAAAGUGCUCAGCUGGAGGAGGUGCACAGGCAGAAAGCAGAGGUGAUGGACUUAAGGGAGAAAAACCACGAACUGUCCAUCCACCUGGCGACGUUGUCACGGUCCGAAGCCGAGCUGAUCGAAACAAGCGAACGUCUGAGGGAGAAGUUGGACGGCUUCAGGGAGGAGAAGAUUCGUUGCGGGGCGGAGAGGAUGGUGGAGGUGAGUAAGGAGCGAACGGCCAAGCUGGAAGGGAAAUGCUGGCACCUCAAGGACAAACUGCACAGGGCGGCGUCUGAGGAGAAGAAGGUGCUUCUUUUCUGCAUGAUCAAAGUAUUUGGCCGGGACGGUACCGACGCAAUUUGUGUGGUUUUGGUGUAAGCGGCGAGACCUGGAGGAGAAAAAAGAGCAGAGCUUGCACAGUACGAUCGGACUGCUGAGGGAACAAAUAGACGAGCUGAAACAGGACGCCGUCGCGGCCAACAAGAGGUUGAUGGACUACCAGCAGCGGCACAACGAGUUCCGGCGCCU